UGAUGGCGGCUCCCCAUGGCGGCCCCCUAUAGCGGCUCCCCGCCAGCGAGGGGGCUCCGGACGCGCUGCCCCGCUCGGCGGUUCCAGCAGGUUUCCCAGUUGUCGUCCUAUGAGGUUGUAACCCCGCAGAGGUUGGGAAGAGAACGGCGAGAGGCUUCCAGUGUCUCCUCAGUGCAGGACAAGGUGUCGUAUGCUAUUGAGAUAGAGGGAAAAGAAUACACGAUUCAUCUAGAAAAGAACAAGGAACUGCUGCCCAAAGACUUCACAGUUUAUACCUACGAUAAGGAGGGGAAGUUGCAAUCUGAAGUGCCAGAUAUCCAGGAUCACUGCCACUACCAGGGACAUGUGGAGGGGACCCUGGACUCUGUGGUUGCUCUCAGCACUUGCUCGGGGCUCAGGGGUAUGGUGACCAUUGGGAACAUCACGUAUGGAAUUGAGCCCAUGGAUCCUUCUUCUGGCUCUGAACACCUUUUAUAUCGCUUGGAUAACGUGAAGAGGGAGCCCACAACGUGUGGGGUGACCACUGAGGACCAUGAUGGGGGACACACGGAAGGAGAUCACCACCCCAGUAUGACCCAGCUGCUGCGGAGAAAGAGAGCAGUCCUGCACCAAACGAGAUACGUGGAGCUGUUCAUAGUGGUGGAUAAGGAGAAGUUUGAGGAUUUUGGGAAGAGCGAAACAGAAGUGAGAGAGCACAUGGUGCAGUUGGCCAACGCCCUGGACAGCAUGUACAUCAUGUUGAACAUCCGCAUUGUGCUGGUUGGUCUAGAGAUCUGGAAGUACGAAAACAUCAUUAGCACAGACGGAGGGGCUGGUGAUGUGCUGGCAAAUUUUGUACAGUGGAGAGAGAAGAAUCUUGUUCUGCGCCGGAGACACGACAGCGCCCAGCUCGUUCUGAAGAAGAGCUUUGGUGGCACAGCUGGAAUGGCCUAUGUUGGAACAGUGUGCUCCAAGAGCCACGCAGGAGGCAUUAAUGUGUUUGGAAGAAUCAGCAUACAGAUGUUUGCAUCGAUUAUGGCUCAUGAACUGGGACACAACCUGGGGAUGAACCACGACGACGAGCGUGUCUGUCACUGUGGAGCCAGCAGCUGCAUUAUGAGCUCUGGAGCAUCGGGAUCGAGGAACUUCAGCAGCUGCAGCGCAGAGGACUUUGAGAAGCUUACCCUUAACAAAGGUGGGAGCUGCCUGCUCAACGUUCCCAGGCCCGACGAGACCUACAGCGUCCCGUACUGUGGGAACAGGCUGGUGGAUGCUGGGGAGGAGUGUGACUGUGGCUCACCAAAGGAAUGCGAGAGCGAUCCCUGCUGCGAGCCGGGGACCUGCAGGCUCCGACCCGGCGCUGAGUGUGCUUAUGGGGACUGCUGUAAGAACUGCCGGCUCCUUCCUGGAGGAACGGAGUGUCGGGCCAGUAACAACGAGUGUGACCUCCCCGAGUACUGCAACGGCACCUCCCAGUUCUGCCAGCCCGACUUCACCGUCCAGAACGGCCACCCCUGCCACAAGGAGGAAGCCUAUUGCUACAACGGCGUCUGCCAGUACUACGACGCGCAGUGUCAGGACAUCUUUGGCUCGAAGGCCAAAGCAGCGCCCAACAUUUGUUUUAAUGAAGUGAAUUCCAAGGGUGACAGAUUUGGCAACUGUGGUUUCCAUGGCCAUGACUACAAGAAAUGUUCCAGCUGGAAUGCCAUGUGUGGGAAGCUGCAGUGUGAAAAUGUGAAAGCGAUGCCUGUGUUUGGAAUUAAGCCCGCGAUUAUCCAGACUCCCAUCAGAAACACCACGUGCUGGGGUGUGGAUUUCCAGCUGGGCUCUGAUGUCCCAGACCCAGGGAUGGUGAAUGAAGGCACCAAGUGUGGUAACGGAAAGAUCUGCAGGCACUUCCAGUGUGUGAGUGCCUCCGUGCUCAACUACGACUGCGACGUGGAGCGGCAGUGCCACGGGCACGGGGUGUGCAAUAACAACAAGAACUGUCACUGUGAAGCAGGCUGGGCCCCCCCUCACUGUGACACCAAGGGCUACGGAGGCAGCGUGGACAGUGGCCCCGCGUAUAACGACAAAGACACCUCGCUGAGAGAUGGGCUGCUGGUGUUUUUUUUCCUGAUCCUCCCACUCCUUGUAGCUGCUGCUCUGGCAUUUGCAAGAAGAGAGCGGCUGAAGCGAUGCUACCGACGGUGGAUGUCCCGCUGCCAUUCGUCACCACCUCCUCGGACAGACGCCGAACCGAGGGCCUGCCCGCCCCGGGGCUUUGCGCACGGCGUGCCUUACGCUCCCAGGGGCCCUCCCAUGGAUAUGGAGCAAAAUGCUUAUCCUGUUCCAUCUUACCCCCUGAACCAGCACCCCCAGUACCACCACUCCUACUACCCGUCCCCCCAGUACCAGGCGCCGCAGAAGAUGCCGACGAGGCCGCCGCCUCCGCAGCAGAAGUGUGCACCUCAGGGACCUCCGUCACAGCAGAAAUGUUUACUUCAGGGACAGUAUUUCCCCUCCCGACCGGCACCUUUGCCCCCCAAAUAGCGCCCGGCUGCUUCGGGGCCCUGACGUGAGCCGAGCUGUUCCCGGAGCCAGAGCCGAAAUCCCAGUUUCCCUUCUCGCUCCGAGCGGCCCGUGGAGAUCCCGGGGAGUCUUCCUCCUGCAGCACGGGGCAGGCAAACACAAUAGUGAAACGAGGAAUGUAAAACUUUAAACUAAAUACCUCUACCAAAGCUACAGGACCUGAAACCAUCCGACCCGCUCCGAGACCCGUCGGCAGUGGCUCUGACCCGCGGCCGGAGUAGUCCUUAGAGCUCAGCACUUGGGAGUUGCUUCUGGUUUCCCUGUCCUGCCAUGAGCCCUAACAAUGACAUGGUCUGAUUUGUUCUCGUCUUCCUAAACGUACAGUGAGGAUUUGGAGUAACCCACGCCCUCUUCAAAACAAGGAAAUCCGGCCAAUUAAUUUAAAAUUAUUUUGCAUGGACUGGGAAAUGUUUUCCAUUUACACAUUAAUGGCACAAGCGAGGUGAGGUAUCGGCGUACUUCUUCAGAGGAAGAUAAAUAUAUUGUAAACAUGUUUAUGCAUGUGUAUAUGUCUAUUGGUGUGUAAUAAUGCACUUAAAUUCUUACUUCCAUGCUGACUGACACUAAGCUGUGCUAUAUGGGCACUAAGUUUAAUGGUUUUAAAUUAGUAAUUGUGAGUUGCUAAAUGAGAGCGCUGUACUAACUUCCACUAAUAUCAUCAACUGCAAGGCCAGGAAGUGCUGGGGAGAGCCCAGCGGAGGCUACGAGGAUGAUGAGGGACAGGACAAGGCGAUCCCAGCGGGUCCCUUCCAGCCCCGGCCAGUCUGUGAGUCUGAAUGGAGUGAAAUAAAGGUACGAAAAGGCACGGCCAUAUCUUGGUUUAAAGUAAUGGGGUGCUCUUAGGUUUAGGUGAUUAACAGUCCCUGCAGAACACUAAGAAGCAAAAAAAUGUGUCUCUGCCUGGACCAUCUGGGCUCCUCUGAGCACUUUAAACAGGAACCUCUUGCCUAAUGCAAACUUUUCCCCUAAUCCUCAACUUUUCCGUGUCAGUCAGGAUGCUCGUGGCUGCCUGGCGCUGGAGGGGACUCCCACCCCAGUCUGCCCCAGUGCUAAACUGGAGCUCAGACCCCUGAGCUGGCCGAGGGGACACCCGUUACCCGUGACACCGCUGUGCUGCGGGCACAGACAGAAGUCUGUUGCACAAACUUCCUAAAAGUGAAAUAAGUGCUGAAAAGAGUGCUUGGCUUUUUCACUUUGUGCUCGCCGCCCAGUACAAACUCAAAUCUGUAAAAUUCCCCCUAAUAUUGCCAAAAAAAGUAUCUUUUCCUCUGUAUAUACUUAUAUAAAUAUAUAUAUAUAUAGUGUUUGCAUUUGCAGUAAUAAAAUACUUGAACUCCUGUGGUUUCCCAUAAACUUAGACUAAGAUUUAUAACACUAUUAAAAUAUGUAAAGUGUCAGCUAGAAUAUCACCAGAUGUGUUUAUGGGGGUCUCCUCUUUGUUCCCAGAUGUUCACUUCCUAAUUUCUGUUGCAUUCUGCUCCCUUCGGGCUGUCUGUCUGUCUGUCUGCAGCCCGGGCAGGUGGGAGGAGGGAAUCCAGGGAAUGAAGUCAGCGGGAGGGAGACGUCCUUCGUUGUAUUUGAAGCUGUUUUGUGUGAACUAAAACUAUGCUGAAAAUGGUGCCUUUUAGUAGAUAAGAGUUUUUCUAUCCCAGCGUGGCCGUUAGCAGUGGUGCAGGGCAGCGAACACGCUGUUUUUAGAAGUGAUCCUAUGGAGAGGAAAUAGCUCAAAUUGUACACGUGUUGAAUACGAAGAUGACUACUGACUUUUCUUUUCUAAAGCGUACGCGUGUCCCUGUCCCCGGGGGGCUCCGCAGGGAGCGGAGGCCGUGUCCCCAGGAGCUCUGCCCCGCUCCCCGCCCCGCGGGGCCUGACCCAAAGGGCUGUUCCCGACCCUUUGUAAGAACCCAACGAGCAAUAAAGAUGCCGGUUUUGUACAAGG